UUUAGGUUUGGUGGACACAAAAAAGAGGCGGUAAAUCAGGCAAAGUAAUUUUACUUUUAGCUUUAAAAGAAGCUUUUUGGCUGUGUUGGAUCCAUCAAGCAACAAUAACAGUAGAAGGGAAACUAACUUUAAAUCACACAAGCCAUAACUCAUAAUUAGAGCAAAGACAACCCUUGCCGCCCAAGUUUCAGGCUGAUCUAAUCCAGCAAAAUGGAGACAGGCAAAUCCGCAGGAGAAGAUGGUAGCAUUUGUCUGCAGGUUGUUGAGCUUCACAGGCUCAGCGAAACCUAUGGUUCAGGUGCCACCAUUUUUGAGCCCAGGAGUAGUAUAGAGAAGAGAGACAGCAAUGCCAAUUCUGCUUCAACAUCAACUACGUCAGUACGGGCUCCAGAGAAGAAACUCACCCUCUUUGCUCUUCGCCUUGCAGUUUUUGAGAAGUCAGCUACUGGCCUGGGAACCCUAGGGUUUAUCUGGGCAACAGUUGUUCUUCUAGGCGGUUUUGCAAUAACUUUAGAUACAACAGACUUCUGGUUCAUCACCGUUAUAUUAUUAAUUGAAGGAACUCGAAUAUUCAGCAGAAGCCAUGAGCUUGAAUGGCAGCACCAAGCCACCUGGUCAAUUGCUGAUGCUGGAAUCAGUAGUUUCAGAGCAUUGAGGUCCAGCUCGCACUUUGUUGUUGAUGCUCUAAAAUCACUUUUCAGGCGGAUUACCCCAGUUCGAAAGCGCAGUCAACAUAGUAGAGAAGUGAUGGGGAGUUGUGAUGCAGCAAACUCUAGGAAUUGGGAUUGUCAAAGGAAGACUACUCGCACAUGGACAAGCUCAGAUGUCCCCAUCCUACCGUACGCUCAAUGGUUUUUCCUCACGAGAAAUGUUAGUAAACUUCUCUAUUGGCUCCAGCUUGCAUCUGCAACAGCCUGUGUAGUUUUAUCAUCAAUGAAGCUCAUUAAACAUAACUAUGGUGAGAUAGCGAAAGGGGAUACUGACAAAAGGAACAGACAAGCUGCUCUGACUAUUUUCUAUGCCUUGGCUUUGUCAGAAGCUCUGUUGUUUCUCAUGGAAAAAGCUUACUGGGAGUGGAAGGUGAUAUAUUGUAAACUACUGGAGGAGGUGAACAGAGAGUGUGAAUUGGGGCCUUCAGGUAUGAUAUCAAUAAAAAGGUUCUUCUAUGAUGCUUACUCUAGGUGUGUCAAUGGAAGCAUCUUUGAUGGCCUGAAAAUGGACUUGGUUACUUUUGCUAUGGAUCUCUUGGCUUCAAAUUCCCCUGAUGAGCAGCUCAUUGGAGUUCAAAUUCUUCGCCAAUUUGCAAUGAGUGAGCGGUUCUCUGAUGACACCCUCCAGAAGAUUGGGACAAAUAUAUCAGUUAUAGAACGAUUAGUUGAGAUGUUGAAUUGGAAAGACCCAGACGAAGAAGUGAUCAGGAGGUCAGCUGCAGAGACCCUAUCUGAACUAGCUGGAAAAAAGCAGAACUCUCUACGAGUUGCAGGAAUUCCAGGUUCAUUGGAAUCAAUCUCAUCUCUACUCCAAACAAAUAGAAGCUCAAGCACCACAGCUGAUGAAAUUGGCGAAAAGACAACUGUCGCUGAUCAAGUACAUUACGAAUCCUGGACAUUCAAUCAUUUAGGACUUCUCAUCCUGAAAAAACUAGCUCAUGACCAUGAUAAUUGUGGAAAGAUUGGUAACACAAGGGGCCUUCUACCAAAAAUUAUCGAUUUAACACACACUGGAGAGAGGAUACUGAAGGAUGAAAAUGUUGCACAUUCUCAGAUUUUGACAGUGAAAAGAUCUCUGCAAGUGGUGAAGAUGUUGGCAAGCACCACGGGUACCACAGGUACUCACCUUCGAAGAGAGAUUUCUGAGAUAGUUUUCACCAUCAGCAAUAUUAGAGAUAUCUUACGACAUGGAGAGAAACAACCAAUGCUGCAAAAACUCAGCAUAGAAAUAUUGACCAAUCUAGCUCUAGAAGCGGAUGCAACAGAGAGGAUUGGGGGAACAGGUGGAAUUCUUAAGGAGUUAUUCAACAUCUUCUUUAGAUAUGGAGCACCUGAGAGUCCAAAUCAUGUAAGGAUUGCUGCAGGAGAAGCUCUAGCCAUGUUGGCCUUAGAAAGCAGAAAUAAUUGCCAUCGUAUUUUGAAAUUGAUGGUGCUAGAAAGGCUUGUUGAAGCUCUUGAGGAUCCAUUGCUUCGUGUGAAUGCUGCAAGAAUCCUACGAAACUUAUGUGCCUACAGUGGUACAGAUUGCUUCAGCGACUUAAAGGGAGUCACAGCUGCCGCGCCUACAGUGCUCAAGGCAAUUAUGUCGGAAGAAAACAAACUGCAAGAAGUAAUGGUUGGGCUAGCUGCAGAAGUUUUCAAAUUCAUGAGUUCUCAAGAAUCAAGUAUGAUGUUCAAAAGGACAGGAAUUAAAGAGGCUGAACUAGCCAGCAGGAUAGUCCAGGUCCUCAAAAAACAUGAAAAUCCAUCGACUAAGGUUCCAAGAAUUCGGAGGUUUGUCAUAGAAUUGGCAAUUUGGAUGAUGCGAGAAAACAAAGAAAAUGUAAAUAUUCUCAGGGAUCUGGGGUUGGAGAAAGAGCUGGAACAUGUUUUAGAAACUACAGCAGAACUUGAAAGCUUCAACAUAUUCUCUGGCACAGUUGGGCUGAGUCGCCACAGCAUAACUAUUCACUCACUCAUUGAAACAGCAAUGAAGUUGCUGGAACGUGCAACAGAAACAGAAUAGUGACUUUUCAUUUCAGUACUCAAUAAAUAAUCACAAAUGAUUGAAC